CCCUUGAAAGCUCCCGCGAAAAAUGACCGAAUGGAACGAAAGCAUAUCCGAGGGAAUCGCAGGUGAUCGCGACGGAGGUUGUGCUUUUUUAAAAGAAACCCCUUUACGUUGUCAGAUUAGUAAUUGCGCCCACGUUUUCAUUAUGGUAGGUGAUCAGAAUCGCAGAUGACUCAGCGCCUGCCUGCCGCCGCCGCGAUAAACAAACUUGCUUUCUUUCUCCGACCGUCGUCUAUCCACUCACACGCGCUCUUGUACCACUUGUAAAUCCCCUCAAUCAUUUUGCUGGGACCGGCGUCUCUCCUCCGGUCAUCCCACGUUACUUUAUUGAACGAUUGAUUCCUUCCCAUCGAGGAAAACCCAAAUCAAUUAUUAGGAAAAAUGGGGAAAGAGAAACCCAAAUCAAUAACUCUCUCAUUAUUAUAUCGCAUCUGCUUCAGCCGCCGCUUCUCCAGCUCUCCUACUCCUCGAUUCCUGCUUAUAUAAAAACCCCUCGUCGGUAGCCACCACCCUCCAGAAACUCGCCACCCUCCGAAAACGCUUCGGCUCUCCAGUUCGGCAUUUCUCCCCUUGAUCUUUCGCGUUUCUCCGCGGUCCCAUCAAUGGCCGGAGCCGCCGAGGGAAACGGUCCUGCCGCCGUUGAUGCAGGGAUGGACGGUGGUGUUCCUGGGCUUUCCGCCGUGAUUCCAGGGUGGUUCUCAGAGAUCAGCCCAAUGUGGCCAGGGGAGGCUCACUCUAUGAAGGUGGAGAAAGUUCUGUUUCAAGGCAAAUCCGACUACCAGAACGUUGUUGUGUUCCAGUCAGCUACAUAUGGGAAGGUUCUUGUGUUAGAUGGGGUGAUACAACUUACUGAAAGAGAUGAGUGUGCAUAUCAAGAGAUGAUUACCCACCUCCCACUUUGCUCCAUCCAAAACCCCAAAAAGGUGUUGGUUAUUGGAGGAGGUGAUGGAGGUGUCAUUCGCGAAGUGUCUCGCCACGCUUCUGUUGAGCAGAUCGAUAUGUGUGAAAUUGAUGCCAUGGUGGUUGAUGUCUCUAAGAAGUAUUUCCCUGAUGUAGCAGUUGGAUUUCAAGAUCCUCGUGUCAAUCUCCACAUCGGCGAUGGCGUCGCUUUCCUAAAGGCGGUUCCACAUGGCACUUACGACGCUGUUAUAGUUGAUUCCUCGGAUCCAAUUGGGCCUGCAAAAGAGCUGUUUGAGAAGCCUUUCUUUGAGUUGAUUGCCAAGGCUCUUCGCCCUGGCGGUGUUGUUUGUACGCAAGCUGAGAGUUUGUGGCUGCACAUGCAUCUCAUUCAAGACAUUGUAUCUAACUGUCGUGAAAUCUUCAAGGGCUCUGUUAACUAUGCUUGGACCACUGUCCCUACAUAUCCGAGGUAUGGGACUUCUCUGGAUUUUUCAUUCAUGGUACAAUGAGAUCGACUUAAUUGAGCCUCAAAUGCAUGACAUUUGUCUCCUGAUUCAAGGGUUUUUUGGCAACCAUCCAUUGGUUCUGCUGGUUUCGAGAAUGCAUGUUUUCUAACAUGACAUUACAUCCUGGUUCAUGUUGAGUUAAAGCUUUCGAGUUUCAUGCUAUUGGGGGACUCCAGCGAUCAUUUUGUUUGUUGCAGUCUUUCAAACCAUUAACUGUGUUCGGAAAGAUACAAGAAGUUACUAAAUUGUGCAUUCAAAGGACAUGUCAACUAAACUCACCCUAAGUGUAUUCUCAUUCCUCCGCAUAUUCUGCAGUGGAAUGAUUGGCUUCAUGCUUUGCUCCACUGAGGGCCCAGCAGUUGAUUUCAAGAAUCCGGUGACCCGUGUUGAAGGUGAAGGGAGUCACCCCCAAGUUAAAGGGCCAUUGAGAUUCUACAAUGCAGAGAUUCAUUCUGCAGCUUUCUGCUUGCCAUCAUUCGUGAACAAGGCAAUUGGCUCAAAACUCCGGUGAAAGAUGGAAAAACUGGAAAGGGCUUAACAAGAACAAAUCACCGGACUAAACAACGCAUCAUGACGUAUACAUUAUAGAGAGAGUAAAGCUGUGUGUAAGCUAAGCUACUCAUUAGGGUGUAGCCAUGUUCAACAUUAUUAAGCAAUAAAAGACUGCAUUUGCUUUUGCUGAUUUCCCUCUUGUCUCUCUUAAAUAAUCUUCUCGUCUUACACAAGAUUUGUGCCCCCUUGCUUCUCCGAAUCAACUUUCUUCUCCAGAAACCUCCUUUUACAGUCGUAGUAGUAAACAGUACAAACUAGCCAAUUCAUCAGUUCCCCAAACCAAACCAACCCGCCUUCUCCAACAGCAAACAAAACCACAAUAGUUCCAGAUUCCUUGUUCAGAUAACCAUAGUACCCAAACACCAUCCUCAAGAAAACCCUCCAAACCAGGAAAACAACCAUGAACAGAAAUCCCCUGCCUCUGCAUCCCCUGCUAAUAUACCCUGCGACCCCAAUCCCAAUAUAUCCAUGCUUCUCCUCCAGGAUAGACACCACCAAACCCACGUUCCAGAUCGCACUCCACUCCAAAUACUUCACCAGCAGGGCACUAGCAAGCAACCCGAAAACCAUCUGAGAAAGUAAUCCGUUGACUGGGAAAGAAACCAUUUGGACGACGAACGAUGCAACUCCAGCCAAUGUCAGCCAAACCAUAGCUAAGUUGUAGAUUGAUGUGGAGUAUGGCCCCCUCAAUGAACCCACUUCCCGAAAUGGCUUAAUGAACAACAUCUCCUUCAAGCUUCCUGUCUCCUUCUCGGAGUAAAUCGCCGAUGCUGAGUGAACUAGAACGAUGGUAUUUAGGAGAUUCAUGAAAUGACCGAUAGUGAAGUACGAGACGGCCGAGAUGGCUAGUGUUGGAGUGAGGGAUUGGAUCAAAUCCAAGCUGGAGUUAAGUGGAUACCGCGGCGGGAAAGAGCAGAGUGGCCAAUGCGUUCCGCAGAUGGGAUCGUAUACCGCAACGAAGUUGGCUCCUGCUUCAUAGAUGAGCUGGUGAAGGACGAGGUGUUGCCAGAGGAAGAAACAGAAUGGAGGGACUGAAGUGAGGAAGGAGAGGAGAAUGAAUGUGGGUUUCUUAGCUGGGAUUUUCAAGGAUUCCUUGAUAAUGCCAAGGAACUCUAGCUUGUCCUUAGCGAUUAACUCGGUGCUCUCCAUCAUUAUAUUCUGUGUUGGGUUUACUGCAUUGAUCUCUGCAGGAACUUGCUAUGAAGCUUAUUCUGGUUUGGUUGGCCUUUUUUGUGCAUGAGUAGUGGGAGCGUUGACUGAUGGAUGCUGGGCCUGGUCAGCAAUUCCGAUGAUCAUGGAGAUCCAUCAUCUCUCUCUGCAAUUCAUCUCUGCGCCUCUGCCAGGCGAUGAGGAGGUUCAAAAA